ACAGCUUGCAGACAUCAAAUUUAAUCACAGGAGCAUCUUGAACAUCUCAACACACUGAGGCAACAUGGACACAACAGCUUCCCUCUCCAUUCUGCUGCUGCUGUUUGGCAUCUCCGUGGCGAAUCCUGUCAGGAAGCCUGAGCCUCCUGCCUUCGUACCCAUACCUGGAAAUGUGGACAUCACUACAAAGUUCCUGGAGACUAACAAAGGAUCCUCUGAACGUCUGAUGCACGGAGAUAUUGUGAUUCCCAAAACCAGAAAUGCUCUCUACUGCCUGAACAACAACUGUUUCUGGAAGAAAAACUCUAAAAACUUAGUCGAGGUCCCUUACAUUGUGAGCAGUAGUUACUCCUCUGCUGACAUCUCAGUUAUUCAGAACGCCAUGUCUACUUUUCACAACAAGACUUGCAUUCGCUUCGUACCUAGAGUAAAUCAGACUGACUACAUCAGUAUUGAGGACAAAGAUGGGUGCUACUCUUAUCUUGGUAGAAUUGGUGGCCAACAGUUGGUCUCCCUCAAGAGGACUGGUUGUUUGUAUCACGGCAUCAUUCAGCAUGAGCUUAAUCACGCUCUGGGCUUCUACCAUGAACACACCAGGAGUGAUCGCGACAAGUACGUUAAGAUCAACUGGGAGUACAUCCCAACCGAUAAGGCCAGCAACUUCCAAAUACAGAACACCAACAACCAAAACACCACAUACGACUACAGCUCCAUCAUGCACUAUGGAAAAACAGCCUUCUCCAACACAGUUGGGAAGGACACCAUUACUCCCAUUCCUAAUGCAGCGGUGGAAAUCGGACAGAGGCAAGAUAUGUCUAACAUUGACAUCCUGAGGAUCAACAAGCUGUAUGGAUGUGUUUGAGAUUUUGAAGGAUUUCAGUUGUAUGAUCAUUUAAUACGGGUAUCUAUCUACAGAUUAAUAAUGUAACGGGUGAUGGUGUUUGUCAUUUUCAUGGUUUUGAAUUUCCAAAAUUGUUGCUCU